CUGACAUUUGCAGCUUUGGAGGCAGGGUUUAUAUUUAUUAGCUCACGCGAUGAAGAUAAAUAGUACAGAAAUUAUGAAAAUUUAUAGUUUUACGUCGCACGAAGAUUGAUUCGCUGAAUAUUUAUAGUUUGUCCGCGGAAGGAAGAACACAACAAACACAGAGUGUUCCUCAAACUGCACAGAACUCGCCUUUCAAUUAACUACACUUUUUUGGUUCAUUGUCGACGGUGCAUUGUUUAGGACUAACUUCAAGCUGACUUGUUUUGGUGAGAAGUUUUUCAGGUGAUGCAUGUGGAAGCCGUUUUUAUUAUUUUCAUUCUAGAAGUGGUUUUUAUUAGUCAAAUGAGUCUAAUAUCUUUCCUACCUUUUUUUAACUGACUCACUCGCUCAGAGUUAACGACGGAGGCUUGUCAGUGGGCUUGUAAGUAACUUUUGAGUCUGUGGAUGAAAAGCUAUGGUGUGACCAUUCAAAUGAAAUCUCUUUUGACGUUAGUUCCACUCGGUACUAUUUAUUUAGUGUGUAGUUUUAACUUUUGAGUCUGUGGAUGAAAUCCUAUGGUGUUACCAUUCAAAUGAAACCUCUUCAGCAGUACUCUCACAUGGUACUAUUUAUUUAGUAUGUAGUUUUAACUUUUGAGUCUGUGGAUGAAAUCCUAUGGCGUUACCAUUCAAAUGAAACCCCUUGGGCAAUACGUUUACUUGCUACUAUUUAUUUUUCAAUAUUUUGCAAGGUGAAAUUCGGAAAAUUUGCGGAAGUUUGACGAGUGAGGUAAUUGAGUUUCCUGUCGAUGGUUUUAGGUAGUUCCUUCGAAGCCGAACGUCGAACUUUUCAUUGGACAAACUAAACUCUAAUUUGGGUCGACCUAAAUUAAGUUAAGAUCGUCUGUUUGGUCAAACGUCGAACUUGGAUGCGUCGAACCAAUCAACUGAAUCAGACCAAAAAGACAUUUUAGCCGAACGAGGCUAGAUACACGUUAUCAUAUAAAUUUUUUAUUUAUUAGUUUAGCUCGUUGCGUGUGAAGAUCAAUGUUUGUCCCGGAGACGAUAUUCAGACGUUCUGUCUGUCUGAAGCAGACGGAUAGAACGUGUUGGACGAUCCAAACUCAUUCAGAAGAACUUAACUGAGUCAGACGUCGCAAGUUUAGUUUGUGUCAUGAAAAGUUCGACGUUUGGCCUAGGCUUAAAAGAAGAGAUUAUAUCAUUCAGUCAUCUAGCACGUGGGAUUGAUGUAGACGGUGGGGAGUGGGUGGUGGGUGGGGUACUGUUCGUCGGAAGAUUUCGAAACAACCCUGAAAGGUACCAGUAUCCCGUUUUGUUGGCUUAUCCCAAGUACAUUUUAACAUCUAGCAGGUACCAAAUAUCAGUUGAGUAGCUAAAACUUCCCGUCCUUUUUCGGCCCAAUGCGCUAAAAGGCCUUUCAAAGGUAUCAUGGCAGCUCUUAAGGAGGUCUUUUUAGAUUUAACUCUUUAAGCCUCAAUAUCAACAUACAAAUUCUCCAGACGUUCUCGGUUCAUUUCCCUAAAGAAUCAGCUGGGAGAAUUCGAUAAAAGAUCAAAGACUUUCCCUUUGGUGAUCAUUGUGUUCACCCUCAUAAGCUUUUCUCUUGAUAAUGUAUUCUUAUUGUUAGGAGAAAAUCGGUGUUAGUCACUCUUGAGACAGCACCCUAAGCGCGCGUGUACCAACUCACAAAUUUUAAGGCCCGAAUACUUUCCUCUGGGACUCGUAGAUAAAUUUUAAAGGUGCUUGCUUUCUGUUGCAACCUCUUUUUAACUCCAUAAAUAGAGAAAUAUUUAAAAUCGAGGAAUAUGCCAAAUUUGGGAUUUAUAACUACUAAAAAAUACUUAAUCAUACAAUUUGAUCGAUUUCUUCUUCAACCUUUUUUCUUGAAGACAAAUUUUUAACGCGGUUGUCAUGUUGUCUCUUCAACUUUUAAAUCUAUGGCCUAGUCAUUCAAUUUUAAGGUGAAACCAUUCAAAUGUAAACACUUACGCAAAUUUUUGCGUAUAACUAUUCAUAAUUAUUGCUUAGGAUUUAAAACAAGAAGAAAUUUGAAACCUUUGGGACAAUUUUUCUUUCGCUGAUUUUAGGAGCGAUCGUCACAAGAUUUUGUUCAACUCAAUAGUUUCAACAACCUAUCUCCAUAAUUUGACUAUGUAGUAAAAUUGCUGUUUCCUACGCUUAGAAGCUACCUUCAUGUCAAAUUUCUUUUGUAAUCUAAAGGAAAAAUACACUAGUUUAUUAUUUUGUUUCCGUGUCAAGAAGGAAUUUGCCGUAUUUUUUUCAUGUACACGUCCAAAGAAAACUUGCCAUUGAAAAUGCGAAUUGCUCGAAUUUUCCUUGCGUGAGAAAAUGCUAGCUGUUUUCUUUAAAUUGACAGAACACGUAAGAACUCUUUUAAGUGUUUUUCGUUCAAUGAGGAGACAAGUUUUGGCAGCUCCAAGGCUAUCAUCGGUCAAAAGUGACAGUUAUAAGGCGAUAUUAUAAUUUAAAUGAUAACAAUUACAAAAGACCAUAUGCGAAGAGUUAAGUGGUAAGAUUUUCUGGUCUAUUUACGAAAUUGAUACUUUAGUGGCGCGAGUUACUGGCCAAUUUGGCGCCAAUUUUUUGUUGAUAAUGUUUACGAUGUUAGCAAUUUCAGUUGUAACACAUGUGCUUCUUUUUACCUGGUUGAUAAAGUAAAUUGGCCAUCGUAAAAGCAUUCGUAAGCUGACGUUUUGAGCGCAAGGUCUUUGUCACAGCGAAUCCUCUCAACCGCAGCUGAUAAUAUCAAAUUUUCUAGCUAUAACUUCCCACGACGCAUAUUCACAGUUUAUUUUACAAACUAAGCCCUUUGAGGGUGGAUUUCCACUGUCGGGUAAUUCUAGCGUGCGUACGCGCGUACGCGCGUACGCGUGUAAAUAAAAUAGAGGCAGUGUAUGAAAGGUCGCGCGUAAACUUCGCUCAACUAUUUCGUUUACGCGUGACACUUUUUAGAUUGCCUCUAUUUUAUUUUAUUUAAUGGCGAAAAAUUUAGGUACGUUCACGCGUUAAAACUCACGCGACAGUGAAAACCCAUGUUUCCAGUUUUAAAGUAUACAAGUGUGCAACGCCGUUUUCCAUACACUGUAAUAAUAUGACGGGAGUUUGUCCAGCCGAAAAUCAAGGGCACGUUGGUGAUAAUUUUCCCUAUUCUCGUGAUAUUCACGUUUGCUUAGGCUGUGAUAUCUUAAGGAGAAAUCAGAUACCCAGAGUCACAGUUUAGCUGAGAUAUUGCUAAAGUGAAAAGCAGCUUGCAAAUUUGGGGCCCCGAAUGUUUCCCGCUCGCCAAGUGUUAUUUUCUGUGACAUGGCAGCCUUAAAUUCUUGCGUACUCAUCGAGUUGUGCGUGAUACAAGUUUCUCGUUCAUUUCUAAAUUCUAUUGAAAUUUUCACCGACCUCUCUGAAAGAGUGUUUUCCCUUGUAAACUGAACUUUGCUUAAGCCUAAAUCUGCACCUAUAUUUACAUUUCAGCCACGUCACUGGGAACGCCUUGAAAAGCCGAUUUAGAGGCCAAAAUUUUUAAACUUCGUCUAGGACUUAUAUAUCGCAGUUUCCGUCCUUCCGGUCUAGUUCUCGUGGUUGGAAACGUUUUUGGUGAAAUUUUCCGAGUUUUACCCUUUUUUUAAACGGAUAGUUUUUCUUAGAGGGUUAGCGUGACACAAUGAGGUGAGACGCAUCUUGCAAUAUUGAGUGCAUUCACCCUUACCAAUACCGAAUGUAAUUCUGUGCAUGGUAAUCAAAGUGCUCUGCCUUUGCGCAACGCUAGCACGCGUUUGUGAUCGUUGAGCUAACCGGCUGAGGUUUUUAUACCCAAGCAUUGCAUUACACUUGUCUUUUUCCACACUCAGUUUCAUGGAGGGUCCUGGGAAUCUAGAUUCAGCUUCGAGCGAUCUAGCAGACGUUUUUAUGGAUUUUACGCUAUCCAAAAACGAGCCAGAUGACCGCGACAAAAACGAGUCUUUCGCCCCGUGCAAGUUCUCACGCAAAUCGUCUUCGUCGUCGUCGUCUUCCUUGUCGGAGGCGGUAAAACCGCGUAUGUCUGUGGAAAGUGAGGAGAGCGACAGCGGCGUGGGGUCGAACCAUUCUUCUACUACUGAGUGUGUUGUGUGCAACGACAAGGCGACAGGCUACCAUUAUGGCGUGUUCACGUGCGAGGGAUGUAAAGGAUUCUUCAAGCGUACAGUACAGAAGCAGUUGGAGUAUACUUGCAAGGGAGACGGAAACUGCGAGGUGAAUCAAAUCAACAGAAAUCGAUGCCAAUACUGCCGCUUUCAGAAGUGUGUGGCCCAGGGAAUGCUUAAAGAAGGUCGGUGUAUUUUUCGUUGACUACAGUCAAACUCCGCUUAAUACUGACACCUCAUUAUCACGGACAGUUUGCUCUGUCCCUGGGGAAAGAAAGCCCUUACAUUUGCUCUAAAUUCAAUCCGCUUAAUACGGACAUGCUGUUAAUGCAGACACUUUCUCUGGCUCCGUCAGUGUCCGUAUUUACGGGAUUUGACUAUAUUUGUGCAGUCUUUGUUACUGUUUAAUUCAAUUGGAAACAUGUGUGGAGUAAGCUUUUUCAGGCCACGCGGUGAUUUCGGACGUUUUCCCGCCAGUGGAUCACGCAUGUGGCCCCACAUGUGGAGAAACGGUCGGAAAAAACAGGGAAGUUAGUGCUUGGUCAGUGUAGCGGAAGUUUUUGCUUGUUAGUUUUUGCGUUGUAAUAGGGGCAUUGUGAUUGUGUUUUUAAUCUUCUGGUGUAUGUCAUUAGAUAAUCGCAAAAUCCUCAGCUGUAGGAAACCCCUGCUUGAACUGUUUGUUUUCAUUUCUGAAGUUGAGAGAUUCUAUUUUAAUAUUUACUUGGGAAAGAGAGUCUUUUACAAAUUUUUACAAAGCUCACUCGUGGAUUCCUUUUUGAUUAAGAGACAAAAAAAUUCAGUUUUUUGGUUCGGCUGGUCAAGAAGUCGAUAAUAUUACGUGAAAAGCGAGGAAAUUUUGUCAUAAAUGACGUGUUUCUGGUUUAAAGACUGUCCAAAAGAGUAUUUUUGACGAUGAUGUAUUCAUUAUUUUCACGUCUUGAGCGGAUUUUUACGAUGGUUAUGUAAUCAAAACACGUGGAGAGCUAAACAGCAUGAGGCUAUGCACAUGUAUGCUAACGAAGGAAGUUUUUACUGUUUUUAGAUUUUGUUUUCGUAAAUUAGAACUUCCAUCAAGUUUUUUUACUUUAUAUGGGAAUGACAACAAACGAUUUUACCAACAACAAACCGAUUUUGUGGCUUAAUUUAAUAAUUAGAACAUGGCCUCAAAUUUUAUUCGAACAACUGAUUGUUUACUCAUCUUAUUUAUCGAAGUUCAACUGUAUACACUUUACCCGAGGGAUGAUGCAACAAGCGGCCGCACCAACUGACGUAAAAUUUCAAGUUUCGACCGGACGAUUGCCCCAUGGCUCUAAAUUUUUGCGGAUAGUAAAUUUAAGGGGGUUUGAGGUAUUUUCCACGACCCUCAUACAAAAGACAAAAAUUUUGAGCGCGAAAAUUUUCUUCGUGAUCGAAAGUGGCACAAAAAAUGACUCGAUAACCGCCGUGAAUCAAUCAACUACAAACUAGAGAGAUUAAAGUUGUUUACCAUUUAAUAAAUUGGCAAAUCUGUCGGUUCACAGUCAGUUUCACGGAUUAGGCAAAUAGGAAGAAAAAUUCAGGACUGGUAAAUUUCAGGGGCACCCAACGAGAAUAUAGUUGAAAACCACUUAAACAUAGUAUUGUUAAACGUAUUUUCGUAUCAAAACAGUAGAUAUAGGCAUAGUUUUAUCCCCUAAAAAUUUCUCAUCUGUUCGGAUUUCCUUGCUGAAAGUCUAGUGAUCCGAAAAUUACAGGGAUAAAAACUUACCUGUUCGGAAAUUUCAGUCAGAAAAAAGGCCCCCGAAAAUUCUAGGUGACCUUUUUAGGGUAAAAAUCCGUUAAAAAUGGGCAAUUAUACCAUUUUUUAGAUGUUCGAAAAUCCUAGGAGAGGCAGGCAAGCAAGAUAUUUUCCGAUAAUUGACGUUGGGUGCCCCUGAAAUUUCAUUCCGGAAUCGUGUUUACCAUUUACAGAAAUGCACAAGUUCCUUUUACCGAAAAACGGCCGCGAAAGCCUGAAACUGGUAUUAAAGAUGGAUUUUAACAAAUGGAACAGGGAUUUCUGUUUGAAAUAUUCCGUCCUGAAAAACCUGACUUCCUUUUCAAAUGUUCUGUUUCUCCCGGAAAUUUUCCACUGAAACGACACGGUAAGCCGUGUUCCGUUUACCUUUCAACCGCAUUUUUCCGGAAACCUUUUGUAAAUGGUUAACGAGCUUAGAAUCACGUUUACGGUAAACAACAAACGUGAAAUUUAAGUUGACAAUUUCUCAAAUUAGGAUAUAAGCAGAUAAAACUGUCCGAAAUAAUUUUACGUGACAUUCAGCUGAUUCAUUGUUGCCUACGCAUAAUGGGGAGUAAACGACGACGUUACUGCCGGGGGAAACUUUGUCACGUGGUACAAAUUGACGUUUGUCGUUUGCGGUAAACGUUUGUGACGUCAAGAGAGAGAAGAAGUGUGACGUCACGUUGCCAUGGUAGCAAAAUUUUUGGAUGACAACCAAAGGGAGCUUAGGCAACAACGGCAACGAGAACGGCAAAAAAAGCAAUAAGUUUAUAUUAGUAAAACGACUACUCUGCACGUGCAUCACGCUUUUUGCACAUUUUUCAGCCAUCGUUGCACGACUGCGACAUGAAACUUCCUACUUUACGGAGUGGGUGAAUACAACUCAAGAAGUAAUUUUCUCUUUUUUGGGUGCGGUUAUGACAAUUUUAGCGUCUUUGUACCAAUGCCUGGGGAAAGGUGUGGGUAUCAUAGCCUAGGAAAAAGCUGUGACGGUAGCCUGCAGAGAAGGCGUUAUUGACUAUUUUCCAAUUCCCCAUAAUACACUCUGUCUGCCCCCCAAAUUUUGCAUAACUUAUUGUCUUCAAAUGCUCUUGGGAAAAUGCAAUACUCCCAGGAGCAUUUAAAAACAAUGGUUUAUACAAAAUUUGGGGGGCAAACAGAUUGUAUUAUGGGGAAUUGGAAAAUAGAGAAUUUUUCCGCGUUUUUCAGGCAAGCAAGAGCGAGGUCAAUCUUCCUUCCGUCGCGAGUCACUCGCGCUCCGCGCCCGCGCACGCUCGUCUCGCGCGAGCCCUCGCUUGCCUGAAAAAUGCAAAAAAAAUAAAUAAAUAACGGGUUGGGGGGAUGAGAAGGAAGCGCUGACCUUUUCUCGCCUCCCCGGUCCGACCUGAGAGCUUGCUCCAAGGGUAUCGGCAUCGUACCCGUAGGAUCAUAUCUCGAGGGAAGUGUAAUAGUGCGACUUCGGAUCUUAGGGGACUCCCAAGUGAAAGGGACGAGAAUUCUUGUCGUUUUGCCAUGGGGUGUAAAUUGCAGAUUUUAGUCUCACUUAAGGUGUUCAGAAAAGAAAGCCGGUAAUUCACAGCAUUGUUCUUCCCUGGGUAUUUUUAGGUGUCAAUGUCCUUCUUAAUCCUUGUACAUCAACUCCUUGAUCUUCUCACUUCGUUGCUUUAUAGCUGUGCGAGAGGAUCGGACCCCAGGAGGAAGACAUCGGCAUAAAUCGCUUCAGGAUCAUCGCCCUAAAAAGCAACGUGCCCGGGAAGAACCCUCCACAAACGGGACCGUAGUAAAUGGAGAUGACCACACCGACAGCUCUGCCGGUAGACAGCCAGACACACCGGUCAAUCAGCGGGAAGUCAUGGCGUUCAUUGAUAAGAUUCGCGAGCGGGCGACUGAUAUGCCUGAUAUACCCGGUCAUACGGUGAAGGGGGAAGAUGGGAACUCUCAAGACGUGAAGAAGUUUAUGCAGUUGGCGUAUCAAGAACUCUACCAGGUGAUCCAAUGGGCCAAAGAUGUGCCCGGCUUCAAGGAUGUCGAGCUAGAGGACCAAGUUACCCUGAUCAAGGCUUGCUUCAUGGAUCUUAUUGUCUUCCGCCUCGCGUACAGGUCCGUGCCGUGCGAUCCAAUGUCACUAAGGUUUGGUCAGAAUCUCAUCCUGGAGAAACAUGAGGUUACCGAUUUAGGCUGGACGGAAGACCUUGUUGAUACCAACCUUGAGUUCACUGACAAGCUGCGCAGUUUGAACCUGGACCCGAAUGAAUUUUCGUGUAUGAGCGCCCUUGUUCUUCUGUGUCCAGGUAUGUAAGUUAUCUUGAGGUAUUAGAUCUACUAUAAACCCGUUCGUUGCAAAAAUUUGUUUCUCAAAUAAUAGAAUUUCCGAGAACUAGAAAUUACACCGGGCUAUCAGGCUAUCUACGGCGCACUAAUUCGCUCUGUACUAGAGUACGCCUCCGCUACCUUUGCUGACUUGCCCAAGUAUCUUGCUUGAUAUCUCGAGAACGUACUAAAAAGGACCCUUUCCAUCAUUCGUAUGAAACAGCACUUGACAAAGCUACAUUAUCCACUAUUUCUGACCGUCGGGCAAUCUCGUGUAUUAAAUUUAUAAGUAAGGUUCGGCCAGGUAACCCGUUAUACCCACUAAUACACAAGAGAGUGGUACCUACGUCUACCAGUGUGUGUCUAAGAUCAGGGAGUUCUAGCAGGCCCAUGGCCACAAGGACUGAACGUUUCUCAAAUUUUGUUAGUAUUAAAUAUCAAUCUUGUCAAUAAAUGUAGCGUAUUAGUAUAUAUAUCACACCUUGUAAGGUAUCCUUCAAUUCAGUCUUCUGACUGCAAAAGGGACAAUAAACCAGUGAUUUGAUUUGAUUUGAUCAAGCGAGACUUGAGCUAUCCAUUUUCACACUUAAGGUGUAAUUUCCGAUUUAUAUCGGAGGCACAAAAAAUCAAGAAUUGCAUAUUUCUGGCGUUCACUCGAUAACUGGGAAUAAAAAAGAUUGGAACUGAAUUAAUGGAUUGUUAAUUUGUCUUUAAAUUUUCGGCAUUGUUCGUCAAUUUUUCCAUGCGAUAUAGAGGUGGAAUUCUUUGUGUAAUUCCCUUGAACUUUUGGCGAUCGCCAAAAUUCCAAUGUUAUUCCUUAGCAAUGCAUUGCGCAUCCUCACUGCGCAUAAUUUGACGCGUGGUUAACGCGCGCACUUUAAAACAUGAUGUAAAGAUUCAUUUUCUCUUAAACAAGUGUGGUGACCGAUUGUUUUUUCUCUUUUUCCAAAAGUGGUAGUAGUAACUUACCUGGCCUAAGUUAUAUAUAGACUAUUUUCCAGUGCAGGGAAUGAAACAACCGUCAGAAACGUGUUCUAAGUAUGUAUUCGUAAAUAUAGUCAUAAUGGUAUUUAAGGAAUCACUGCGUUUAUACAACUUGCUCCUGCUCCUAAGCGAGUAUGUUGACCCCUAAUUUUAUUUCAAAAUUAACGUUUCUAUAGCGUAAACAACCCUUUGGUAAAGUUUGACAAAAAUAUCAGUGCAGGUUCUAUUUCAGAGUAAUGACCCUAAGAUGACAUUUUCAAACGAUUUUCAAUUAUUUUGGCCUGUGUAGGGGCUGCUUAAAAGGGAAAAGGGAAGUGCAUUUCUACUCGCGUGGAAUCGGAGCGCACGGCCUUGACGUUCACAUUAAGCAUCGCGUUUACGGCAAACGGCAAACUCGAGAUUCAAGUUGAGAAAUGAGCAGAUGAAAACAUCUUAAAACAAUUCUUAUGGAUGGAGUUGGGGUGAAUCUGCCGAAUUUCGUAUAGUUUUAAUAAACAGUAAACGACAAGGGGAAACUUGGUCAAGUGGUACAAGUUAACGUUUGCCGUUUGCGGUAAACGCGAUGCUUAAUCUGUCUAUUCUCUGGAGCUAUCGCGCCAAAACGAAACUGGUUUACGCGUGUGCACUACGUAGUAUUGAGAAAAUCUCGUUCUUGAAGUCAUCCUCGUCUCAGAAUCUCAAGAUCUCUAAUAAUUAGCACCAACCUUAUCUUCGUGCGCAGAUACUCCCGGUCUUAAGAACAAAGAGAAGGUGACGCAGCUUCAGUCCAAAGUAAACAGCCACUUGCGUGACUACUGCGUGUCACUCUGCCCACAGAAAACGAACCGGCUUGGUAAGCUGCUGCUUUGUCUGCCAACACUUCGCUUGUUUAGCGAAAAGGCCAUGGAGAACUAUGUAGCCCUAGAAUUUUUCGGCAAGUUGGAUAUGCCUCCUUUGGUGGCGGAACUCUUAGAGUAAGGUUAGUGUGACGGGGUGACAAUUUUCUACGCGUCUUAUGCCUUCAAGAACUGAAGAUCAGAUGCUGAGACGAGAGAUUCUUGCAGUCUUGACUGGAACACAUUCGUUGCGCUCGCAACCACACGAACGGUCAUCGUUGUAAGUAUUAUAUCCGUCAAGUUUUAUAGCUCACUUUAGAAAAGAGUGAUAGUCUGGGACCCAGACUAAGCGCGCGCACAUUUAUGGGAUUGUUUGGGGGGACAGUUCGAUCAGCCACCUUGAAUUAUGACGAGACAUGCAAGUUGUUGUGGGAAUUUGUGCACAAAUAACUUCAGGAACUUCCCUGGUCUGGCAUUUUAUAGAGUAUCAAAGGCAAAACGUAUCUAGCGAGAAUAUGUACGUUUGCUUGGGAACGCUAAUUUGAAGUUGAACUCGGAUAGCACAUGGAUUUGCAUUCUUCUGGUUUUUCUCGAAGUAAAAUCGCCCCAGGCACAUCUUCCCCCAGCUUCAGAAUUUCAUGUUGCAGGGGCGGAUCUAAGGGGGAGGGGGCAGGGGGUGCGCACCCCCCCCCCCAUGAGAUGACCUGCGGUUUUCUAAUACAACUGGUAUUCUGCAAAAAAAAACUAUGUGGUUUGUUGGUGUUGAAGUAGAGCAAGAGACGAGUGCACCCCCUCCUAAAAAAAAUCCUGGAUCCGCUCUUGUGUUGUUUCUUUUAAUGCCGUUUUGCUAUUUUGAGCUGUUUUAACCCCGCUGGAACAUUCCACUUCGCUUCCGCCAUGUUUGUUUACAUUCACGUCGCCCCAGAUAUUCCCAUAAACGCGCACGCGCCUAGUUUGGGUCCUAGGCUAUCACUCUUUUCAGAAGAGAGCUAUGGAGGGAUUGCUCCUUUUUUAUUUUUAUUUUUUCUGUAUCAUGAAGGUGCACUAUAAAAAACUUGAGGGUCUCCUCCACUGUCUUGAUAGCUAGAAUCACAUGACGGGUUAUAUAUAUAUAUAUUUGAUCUAAAAGACAGGGCCUGGUAAAAUGCCAGUCCAAGAACAGAGAGAUUUUUCGAGAUUCAUCUCUGUAACGCAUUGUCCGACCCAACAAACGUAAAAAGGAAUAUGAAGUAGAAUGUGAUUGAGGAUUUAAAAGAAUGAGUUAUAGUCGGAAGUGAGAAUGUCCACGGUGACUAUAAACAAGUUAAAUAAAGUUAUAAUUCCAAGAACCUUGUUACAUGAAAGAGAAAAAAACUAUCGUAGUCCGGCGUUGGUAGUCAAAGAUCCUCCACUCAUAGUGCGUCUUCAUGUUAAGAGCUCUCCCGAGACAUAGUAGUCACUAAAAAACACAGAAUUAAUGCCAGUAAAACUGGAAAUUUUACCUACGUUUAUGCUUUACCGUCAAGUCCUGCGAGUAACGACCUGUAGUCCUUCGGUAAGGUCUUCAUUUGGGGGAGUCGCAAGAAGUCAGGCGAGAGCCACACGUGAAAGGAGCUUCAUUUUUUCUACGCUUCUUCCCGACAACGGUGUUACAAAUAGGCCCUUUGUAGCUAGACAUUCACGUGGUACAAAACCGCCAUGUUGGAGAGCAAAAGUCACACUGGGACAAGACAAACAAAGGCAUUUAGUAUCUAAAAUUAUGUUUGCCUUUUGUUUGUCCUGUCGCAGUGCGACGUUUGCUCUCCAGCAUGGCGGUUUUGUUCCACGUGAAUGGCUAGCUGCAACGAGCCUAUUGACAACUUCGAAAUAAAUUCUGAAGGUAGCGAUCUUUUCCCCUCCUUUCCCCUUAGCAAGUAGAACGUCACGUGGUACAAAAACCGUGGUAAAAAAAACACGGAGACAAGACAAAAAGGGAAAUCGCCAUCUGAGUAAAUCUUGAAGCUAAAGAACCGCCCCUUAUUCCUAAAAUUAAUGUUACAAAUUGAGGCGUUCUAAAUCAACUUCCACGAAAGCGACAUGAAAAGGAAGGAGACCUUGGUUAUUUCCGGGACUUUACGGUGGUGUUUUAAAGUUUAAAUUCGUCCUUCAUUAUGUUAAUCUAUCAGACGUCGCAGUUUUGUGACUUAAAAAAAAUACUAUAGGUUGUUCGUCGAUAUUCGGUGAAGUUUCGUCCUCUGGAGUGAUAGCUGUUAGUAGUCAGGUUUUACUGAAAACGUCACACCACAGGAUCGAAAGUUGAUAGGCGAAUCUUUGCUGACGUCAUUUUUGUUCAUUAGCAGACGAGUUAACCCAUAGAAGGUGUCGUCGUGUAUACAGACUAGGCGAAAUCAAGUGUUAGGAAGUGCACGCGAGACCGAUCGAAGGUCAGGACGCUCUUUGGCUUUCCUUUGUGUAAGUUUCACACGAUAGGAGGUCAAAACGCGCGUGAUCGUGAUGUAUUCUAUACAUUCCAUUCAUUCUUAAUGGAAGCUCAAACAAACGCUGGCUACAUACGCGCCGCGCAUGCGUCAUAGCAACCUGAAGAUUAGGAUUGCGGUCUCCUCCGGUCGCCCGCAGUUAAGUUGACACUUUGAAAGGUCUAGUUAAUUUUAAAAUUUGUGCAAUUUUCAGCUGCAAGCAAUCUAUAAGGAGAUAACAGCCAUCGAAAACUGCGAAAUUGUUAAGUGGCAAAAAAGUAAAAUUGCAAAACUUCCAGUUUUUAAAAAAUAAUUUCUCCGAAACUGUUCUGUGUAUUGGGUUCAAAUUCUCAGAGAUACUCAUAUUCCUGUCUUUCAAUAUUCAAAAUACAUUAAUGAGGCAAAAAAAUGUAAACAAGGAUUCGCCUAUACAACUUAUCAACUUAAUGCACGUUUAAUCAGGACUUUAAAUGAUAUUGUAAAUUAUAUCAGUAGAGUUAAUUUAAAAGGUGUCCAUACUCCGUUGUUUUAGCUAUUGUCCAGUAUCGUUCAAGUCUCCUCGCAGCAGUUUUGUCACACAACGCUCCUCCCCAUGGCGAGCCAAGCGUGACGAGCCAAAACUGGGCUGCGUGGUAAACCAGUAUACCGUGUGGCACGAAAUUUUUGCGGUUUUUCCAGCGAUCCGCAAAAAUAAGUUCGCGCAAUUAAAAAUUACCGCAAAAAUUUACUCCGGAGUAAAUAUUCUCCAAGUUAAAUUCGCUACACAAAAAUACAGUAAGAAAUCGUGUCUGUUCAAUAACAACUUGUCUCUUUCAUUUAGGAACAACGAAAUACUGGUUUAUUGCUUGAAAAUAUGUAUUUCUAUUGCACGUACUCAGUAAAAACGAAAAUAUUAUCAAUGAUGGAACUGGGUACUUUCAGAAAAUCACAAAAAUUUAUUCCCAGCAAGAAAAACCAAUCUGACCUAAUCGCAGAAAUUAGUUCCCGCAAAACACAAAAAAUCGCCAAUCCGCAAAAAUAAACUCCUCCAAAAAUUUCGUGCCACACGGUACUUAAAGGAUUAGAGAAAUUACCUGGGCCUGUCGUUAAGCUUUUUAGCCUCUACAGCGAUCGGCAUCUAAGUUCUCCUACGAAUAUUAAGGUGUAGUCAGCCAGAGAGGUAAUGAGAGUUAAGGUUAUGAUAGGCCAAGAUAAAUUUUUGUGAACUUGACAGCUUCUCGUUACUUCUUUUAGAAAUGUGGGUGGACAAGAAAGGAGAAUUUGUGUGCUGUUAGUGGGAGUUAAGUUAACGGGGGGCUCCACUGUUCCAAUGCGAGUGGAAUUUUCGCCGUGGUAAAGGUUACAGAGUUUAAAAAUGGGUACACUCUCGUAGAGCAGUUUUGGUUUAAUGUCGAACAUCAUUUCCUUAUUGUCAAGGUUUUGAAUUUCAAAAGUUUGCUGUUGGCGAAAAAAUCUCGCCCUAUUUUCGCAACCAAUCAGAAUGAAAACUGAAACCAUUCGUCAAUUGCUCUCAUCGCUCCUUUUCCCGCGCAACACUGGCUGCGGGUGUUUUUGCUUUGAUACCUGAUUGGUUCAAUUGAUUGACUUUCCUUGUUGUGAUUGGCCAGAAGUUUGAUUUUGGUUAGAUACCUGAUUAGUCCAUUUGAUUGACUAUCCUUGUUGUGAUUGGCCAGAAAUUUGAUUUUGAUUCCUGAUUGGUUCUUUUGAUUAACUAGCCUUGUCGUGAUUGGCCAGAAGUUUGAUUCAACGACAUUGUUUUGAAAACUGCUCUAUCAGCUUUAGACAACCAAGAAACUAAACGAUAUUUCACUCACAAAGGGCAAAAUGUCCUGAAGAAUGUUCCCAGUUGACUAUGUUUGGAUGGUUAUAAAAUAAUUAGGACCUUUGCAGUGCCGGAUCCACACCUUGAGAUAAGUUGGGGUGGGGGGGGGCGGUCAUCCAGACCCUUAGGUAAGGGGGGGCUGCUCUCCAAAAACAUUUUUUCGGCCCCUCGGGCCUCAGUUUGGUCUAAAACUAAGGGUGCCCCUCUCCCUUGGAUCCGCCACUGCUUUGGCGACAUAUUGCGUUGCGCAGAGGUUGUAAUAAAUAUAUAUAUCUUACACUUUAGAAAGUAAUUUUAAGAAAUAACCUAGAAAUAUUUUAAUCAUUUCGUCACCAUGUUGGUCUGUGGUGCGCUGCAAAAAGCGUUUUUAUUUCUAGUUAUAAAAGCCCAACAAGAAUUCUUAGUGAUGGUAAUCAUGUUUUUAUACGAGUCCGUAGUUGUCCACUGCGUAGCGUAAAACAUCAGAGCUUCACCACGGUUAAACGAGAGAAAUUGCAGUUUGUUGCGUUCACUGUGAAAAGUGUAUCACCAGCACACUGUAAAUUUACUGAACUUUAUGAAAGUGACUUACAAAGAUUUUUUAGAACUGAAAAUGAUACUACUGUUGACGUUAUUCGCGAACGCGUUUUUCCUAAGGGGUGAAGAGUUUUCAACGAAGCGAUGCUCAGAAUGCAAAGAAAGUAACAUGCCUCAUACGUUUGACCGUGAGAGAAAGGGGGAAACCUCGCUUCCAGGGACGCUCCAAAAGAGGAGAUACCCUGGCCACUAGGAUGAUACAGGGUUGAUUGCUAACUAUAGUUAACGUGCUGUAAAAGCGCUGCAUUAGUGGCAACAAGAUUCAAUAUGGUGGCCGAGAACCUUUUACGUUGUGUUAAAUAAAAUACUCCCUGAAGUUAUAAUGUUACUGAACUUAUCCUUUUAAAGACACAAUCGUUUAUAUAUCAAUAGUGUUACUGGAGAGAAUGUUUAUAAUAAAGAAACUGCCUUGGUUGGUUGAGUUGUGAAGAAUAUUAAAGACAUGGAGCGAACAUAGUGGCUCCCUAAUCUACCUCUAUGGUCUCUUAUGUUUUUGGUUUCCAAGGUAACAGUUGAUUGCGGCACUCUGACUGAGGACAGAACACACUUCAGCAGCUCAGCUGUGAAAUGUGUGGGUUCCGUAGGGGAGGGGGAGGUGGAUCCCCUGUGAAGUGAUGGGGAUGAUCGCCUCUCGCCUAGGGAUGGGUAGGGGUGUAAAUUGCAG